AUGACAUCAUCGGCCAAUCCGAAUCCAUCUUCUCGUGCUGGUAGAUGGUCUCGUUUUGUUCAUAGUUGGAUAUCACUUCUAUUGAAAAAAAGUUAUAAACAAGGUACCCUUCAUCUGCAUGAUCUUUAUGAUCUUCUUCCUGCACUUGAAUCAACAAAUUUAACUGAAAAACUCGAAGUAAAUUGGCUCAAUGAAGUUAAACACUCCAACGGUAAACCAAACCUUAUUCGUGCGACAUUUAAAAGUAUCGGAUGGGGACCACUUCUAAUCGGUCUACUGCUUAUUCCAACAGAAUUAACUAAAUUUGCUCAACCAAUAUUACUAACAUUACUGAUGGGAUAUUUCGAUUUGUGUCCCACAAUAUCCACGCCUUAUGCAUGGAUUUUAGCUGUAGCAACUAGUAUUGCUGCUUUAACAAACAGUUUGAUUUAUCAUAAAUAUUUUUAUCGAAUAACCAUUUAUAGUGUACAACUGCGUGUAGCAUAUUCUGGCUUAAUAUUUCGUAAAAUUCUUCGAUUAUCCAGUCAUUCAAUGAAUAAUCUUAGUACUGGUCAAAUAACAAACUUAGUAUCGAAUGACGCAAAUCAAGCUGAAUUUGUUCUUUAUUUUUUUCAUUAUUUAUGGGUUGCUCCAUUAGAAUUAGCUUUAGUAAUUAUUUUCUUUUGGCAACAUGUUCGCUACAUUGCUUUCAUUGCUGUUGGAUAUACAUUAUUACUUUUAAUCGUUCAAGCGUCAUUUGGCCGUCUAUUUGUUUAUCUCCGAACAAGAAUUCUACAAGUAACUGAUGAACGUGUUAAAAUUAUGUCGGAAAUAAUUAAAUCAAUGCGUAUUGUGAAAAUGUAUUGUUGGGAAACGGCAUUUAUUCAUAAAAUAUGUUCCGUCAGAAAAAGAGAAAUCAUACGAUGUGCUUUUCGUUUAUUUCUUGAUUGUAUUCAAACAUUACUCUCUCAUACUUACAUAAGUGUGACUUUUUUAAUGAUGUAUGGAACAAUGUGGUCCCUGGGCAUUCAUUUCGAUACACGAUUUUUCGCGGUGGCUUCGUGUAUGCUUGGAUAUAUGCGUUUAUCGAUUAUUGACUUUUUCACCUUUGCUGUUCGUCAUUUGGUUCAUUUUUUGGCUGCGAAGAAACGCAUUCAAACGUUUCUUCUUCUUGAUGAAAGUGAACGAGAUAAUCGACUAUUGUCAAUAUCAAUGAUGGACAUUGUAUCUAAUAGACAUAUAGAAGGACAAGAGAUUCUUGACGCAAAACCAACAAUAGUGAAAUCAAUAAAAACACCACCUCGAGUUCUGUGUAAUUUGGAACAAGCUAGAUGGGAUCCGACCGGAACAUUUUCAUUAAAAAAUAUUGUCUUCGAUGCACAUCCAGGAGAUCUCAUCUGUGUCAUUGGUCCUGUUGGAGCAGGCAAAAGUUCCCUUCUGCAGACAUUAACAGGUGAAAUAGCGACAUUCGAUGGUAAAGUUCGAUUGUACGGAUCAUUUUGUUAUGUUCCACAAGAACCAUGGAUAUUUUCAUCGUCAAUCAAAAAUAAUAUUCUUUUUGGUAACGCAUAUGAUCCAAAAUUAUUUCAACGUGUCAUCAGUGUCACUGCACUUGAUAGUGAUUUAAAGGAUUUAUCUCAUGGAAUCAAUACUCUCGUUGGCGAUCAAGGUAUUAUGUUAUCUGGAGGACAAAAAGCAAGAGUAAAUUUAGCAAGAGCACUGUAUCGUGAUGCUGAUAUCUAUUUAUUAGAUGAUCCACUAUCAGCUGUUGAUGUUAAAGUGUCGAAACAUAUUUUUGACCAAUCAAUCAAAAAUUAUCUUCAUGACAAAAUUUGCAUUUUAGUUACUCAUCAAAUUCAAUUUUUACAAGAUGCAACUAAAAUUAUUGUUCUCAAUCAAGGCGAAAUGGUAGAGAUGGGUACAUACGAAGAAUUAAUUUCUACUUCAACAUCAUUUGCGCGUCUACUUGAGGAUAUUAAUCAACAUGAACAUGAACAAGAAAUUGAGAACGAAACAGUUACUGUAAUAAAAAGAUUGUCAGAGGUUAAUUCAAUGAUUUCAGAAAACGGAAAUCAAGAAGACGACGGAAAGCCAUUACCAACAAAUAUUGAAACGAAACAAGAAGGAAUAGUGAAAUGGAAUGUUUAUCUAUCAUAUAUUCGUGCUGGCAUUGGUCUAACUUUAGGUCUUACAAUAAUGUUAGUUGUAUACUGUGGACAACAAGCAUUCGCUUUAACUAGUAAUUGGUGGCUAGCAGAAUGGAGUAAUGACGAGGGCCACCGACAUCGUGCUUAUGAUAACUGUACAAUAGCAAAUUAUCCAAAAGUUGAUAGAAUACAUUCGAUGAGUGAAAACGAAUGGAAUGAACAUCGCAAUCAACGAUUUUAUAUUUUUUGUGGUAUUGUGGUUGGACUAUUUUCAGUUACACUCUUACGAGUUGUAAUUACAGAAUUCAUAUGUUUAAAUGCUGGACGAAUAUUGCAUGACAAAAUGUUUCAACGACUUAUCAGAUGUCCAAUACAUUUUUUCGAUAUGAAUCCAAUUGGUCGAAUUUUAAAUCGUUUUACAAAAGAUGUAGCCACAAUGGAUGAUAAUCUCCCAUUGACUGUGUUCGAUUUUCUUAAUUGUUUAUUUUUGGUUUUUGGUACUAUAGCUUUAGUUGGAAUACUCAAUCCAUUUUCAUUUAUUCCAGCUGUACUAGCUGCUAUUGCCAUGCUAUUGUUAAGAGCUCGCUUUGCUCAUUGUCUAAGAGAUCUUAAACGAAUUGAAGGUGUCACCAGAAGUCCUGUCUAUUCACAAUUAUCAUCGACUAUCAAUGGUCUUAAAGUGAUACGAUCUUAUCAUGCUGAACAAAUUUGUUCGAGAGAAUUUCUUCAUAAUCUUGAUGAUAAUACACGUGUUAAUUAUUUACUUCUUACAAUACAUCGAUGGGCUGGCAUUCGUUUUGAUUGGAUUUCUCUUAGUUUUAUUGUUGCUGUUACAUUAUUAGCGAUGCUUGCACGUUUUACACAACAAAAAUUUUCAGCUUCAGAUGUGGCUUUAACACUCUCGUACAGUCUUAAUCUCAUGGGUCUUAUGCAGUGGAGUAUCAGACAAUCAGUUGAACUCGAAACACAAAUGACAUCAAUCGAGCGAGUACUUGAAUAUUGUCUACUUGAGCAAGAACCGCCUGCUCAGGCACCACCGAAAUACCGGCCAUCUGCCAAUUGGCCAUCACGUGGGCAAAUUAUUUUCAAGAAUGUUUCCAUGUCGCAUUCGAAUGAAUCAAAUUCAUCGGUUGUUCUUGAUAAUAUUUGUUUAAAUAUACAAGCUGGUGAAAAAAUUGGUAUUGUAGGAAGAACUGGAGCAGGGAAAAGUUCAUUUAUUCAAACUAUUUUUCGUAUGGGUACACUGGUGAAUGGUCAAAUUCUUAUUGAUAAUAUUGAUAUAUCAACGGUUGGAUUAGAUGAUGUACGACGACGAAUUUCAAUUAUUCCACAAGAUCCUAUUCUUUUUACGGGAACAAUGAGAAGUAAUCUUGAUCGAUUUGGUGAUUAUUCGGAUGCUGAAAUAUGGAGCGCAUUGGAACAAGUACAAUUGAAAAAAGUAGUCAGUGAUGUAAUGUCUAAUGGUCUUCAUUCAUUGAUCAGUGAAAGCGGUUCAAAUUUAAGUGUUGGACAAAAGCAAUUAGUAUGUUUAGCAAGAGCUAUCUUGAAAAAAAAUAAAAUACUUGUAAUUGAUGAAGCAACUGCUAAUGUUGAUAAUGCAACGGAUGAAUUAAUUCAACGAGCAAUUCGUGAACAAUUUAAAAAUUGUACAGUAUUAACAGUGGCUCAUCGAUUACGUACAGUGAUUGAUAGUGAUCGUAUUAUGGUGCUGAGUCAUGGAAAAUUAUUAGAAUUCGAUUCACCCUAUGCAUUAUUACGUAAUUCUGAAUCUGAAUUUACAUCAUUAAUUGAUCAAACCGGUGCAGCUGAAUCUGAUCAUCUUCGAGAAUUGGCACAUUUAGCUGCAUUAAAGGCUAAUUUCAAUAAUCAGAAUUUUAACGAUAAUAAUGAUUUACCUUCAGAAGAAGAAGAAACUGAUCUUUUAAUGAAAUAA